CCCGGCUACUACGUUUGGUAUAUGAAAAGAAACUGUCCUUAUUCGUCUGUCAUUUCGAGAAGUCUCACGAGGCUUCUAGAGGCCGGCUUCGUCAGGCGCUUCUACCUGAAACACAUGAAGUCCGACCAGCCCAACGAUGGAGUCAAUAGGCGCCAGAAAUCAGCUGGCAGCCCCAUCGAAGUCGGUCAGCUGUGGGGCGCCUUCAUGGUCUGGGCCUUUGGCUUAGCCCUCGCCCUCCUCGCUUGGGUGCUUGAGACGGCAGCUUCUGUUAGCAAGAAGGGGCCUACUUACAGUGUUAAAGGGGUGAAGGAAGCCAGCGGUAUUUCGAGUUGUUGCAGAUGAUGCGAAGUCUGAACGGUGGUUAUACACUAACAGGCGUUUUGUUCGUUUUCUGUCUCCUGUUUGCUUGCGCCUGUCUGUUUCUGUCUCUGUCUGCCUGUGUGUCUAUCUAUAUGUCU